AUGGUGAGCGUGUUGUUCGUGUGCCUUGGCAAUAUCUGCCGUAGCCCGGCAGGCGAAGCGGUGCUUAAAGGUAUUGUGGCCAAUAGAGCAGGGGCGGAUGCAUCAUCGUUUCACAUCGACUCGUGCGGCACUGGCGGCGGCAAUCCGAACUGGUAUGGCGCCGGUGGCUGGUCGUAUCACGAGGGAGAUGCAGCAGACUCCCGCAUGACUAAGGAAGCUAAGAAGCGUGGCUACGUCAUGACGUCUCGCUCGCGGCCAUUAAACAAACAGGACAUUGACGAGCUUGACUACAUCAUUUGUAUGGAGGACAAGAACAAGGCGGCAAUGCUCGAGGCUGCGGAUGCUUGGGGUGGCGCACCAUGCCGUGACCUCGCCAAGCAGAAGAUCUCCAUGAUGACCGACUACUGCAAAAAUUUCAAGGACACCACGCGUGUGCCUGAUCCAUGGUACGAAGGUGGCUUCGACCACGUAUUGGAUCUGCUGGAAGACGCGUGCGACGGACUUUACGGUCACCUUGUUGCCUCUAAAUAAUAGGCACCAAAAGUGGCAUCGAACUGUACAAACAGGAGGAGUACCUUUGCCUUCUU